AUGGAGAGCUCCCGCACAGUGUAUCGCUCCUUGGGGAGGAGGGGAGGGCGUGAAGAUGGACACCCCCAAAACAGCCUCGGGCAGCGCAGCCCCAGAAGGGAGCGGAGCUGCAGCACCGCACCUCUGCCCAGCGGGGCGUGCUGUCCCUGGGCCUGGAGGCCCUGCGGAGGUCCGGGCAGGCCAGGGUAGGGUGUGCCGCCGUCCUGCCCCGGCCCGGCUGGGUGUCCGGUGCGCGGGGAUUUGGGAGCGGCCGGAGCCGUGCGGGCGUGCGCCCUCCGGCCGGCAGAGGGCGCGGGCGGGCCCGGCCGGCCCGAGGAAGUGACGGCGGCGGCGGGGCCGAAGCACGUGAGAAGAAUGGGUUCUGUGUCCGAGGAGCUCAGCUUGGUCCCCUUGCACCAGAGGCCGGAGCUGCUGGAAGCCUGUGCCAAGCUGCUGGGCGAGGAGUGGGGGAAGAGCCGGGCGUCGCGGCUCCACACGCUCCAGCGCUCCUCGGACGCCUUUCCCACCUGCCUGCUGCUGCUGCGGAGCCGGGGCCCCAGCGAGACCCCCGCCGCCCGGGAGGGGCCCUGCGAGCUCGUGGGCCAUGUCCGACUCUCGCGCGUGGUCAGCCGUCCCCAUGACCUCUUCGUGGAGAGCGUGGUGGUGGCCCGGGCGCUGCGGGGCCAGGGCUAUGGGCGCCGGCUGAUGGAGGGCACUGAGCAGUGGGCCCGGGCCCGGGGCUUUCGCUGCCUGCACCUCACCACCCAUGACAAGCAGCACUUCUAUGCCCACCUGGGCUUUGUCCUGGGCGAGCCGGUGCAGAGCGUGGCCUUUCUCAGCCCGGCUAUAUCCUCUGAGGUGCUGCGGCUCUUCUCCGCCCCUUCUGGGGCUGCCACUGCCAUCACCACCAGGCCAUGGGUACCCGCUGCCCCCCCGCCUCCUCUGCCGCCCCUGACUGUCCCCCCACCACCUCCCCCACCGACAGUGAUCUGGGCAAGGGGUGUCCUGGCUGAGAGCAGCGAGCAGAGCCUCCUGGAAUCCCGGCACCGCGAUGCCAAAGGGCUCCCCAUCUUCUGGAUGAAGAAGGACAUCUGA